AUGGAGGGGUCAGUGGUUGACUAUGAUCCAAAAGUGCAUUGGAAUCCUGAAUUACUGAUCGAUAAUAAUGUUGGUGACUUAAAAGAACAAACAUCUUAUACAGUUAUCUCACAUCCUGAUCAACAAUCAUCAGAAAUAUGUGAACAUCGUAUGAUGAAAGGUACCUUUUGGGAGAGUUUGGAAUUGCAGCACUUUCCUUUUGACGUACAAGAUUUAUCAAUAGGCAUUAUGUCAGGACGCACAGCCUCAGAAGUUAAACUAAAACAAGAUGAGCGCCUGUCUACUAUCAAUACUCGGGCAUUUGGUGGUCAACUAUCGUGGAAACUCUAUGAACAUGUAGAAACAAAGCAGCAUUAUCGACCGGAUUUUACAAAUUCACAAAAAGUGCAUCCGGUAUUUGUUGUUACAUGCAGAGCAAGUCGUUGUCCAGAAUAUUUCGCUUGGAACGGUUUAUUUUUGAUGUUUCUAAUAACAUUAUUUGCGUUCCCAACCGUCCGCUAUCUAACCUUAUUAGAUAGAUAUUCACUAGUUUCAAUUGUAUUUCUGGUCUUUAUUUGCUUUUAUCAUGCUGCAAUUGCUAUUGCUCCGUUUCAACAAUACGGAGAUCGUGUUGGUACCGAUCGGCUUAUUUGUUUACUAUUUUUCAUAGUAUUCGUUUUAUUUCAUAUAAUAUUUGCUGGAUGGUUAUACGUUGUUGUCUACAAACGUCGAAGGGAACUGAAGAAAAAAGAUGACGAAUACAAUGAAAUAUUGGGCAGGGAUGAGCAAGCCAGAAGUAGUAAUGUUAAUAAACGCUCUCAGAAUGAUGAGCGACAACCAUUGAUCGAACUGCUAAUGAGAAAAGAAUAA